GGCAAUUCCUAAUCACUGGCAGCAAGUCGGCUUCCAUGAAACCCUCAAAGGCAUCCCAGCGCUAUAGAAGCAUCCGGAGAAAUGCCAGCCAGCGCUACCUCUACCAGGAGUCCCUGGUGCUCAGCAACUUGGAUGACAACUUUAAUGCUGAUGAAACAGGGGACAGCAGUGAUCCAGAAAAAAUCUUCCAGAAUAUUCAGUUCCAGAAAGAACUCAUGGCAAACAUUCGCUGCAGACCCUGGACCAUGGGACAGAAGCUGAGGGCAUUGAGACGAGCGAAGGAGAUUGUGCUGAAGUUUGAAGGGAGGCUGACCAGGACCCGAGGCUACCAAGCAGCAGGUGCAGAGCUCUGGCGGAAAUUUGCUCGUCUCGCCUGUAACUUUGUGGUCAUCUUCAUUCCCUGGGAAAUGAGGAUAAAGAAAAUAGAGAGUCAUUUUGGAUCAGGUGUUGCGUCCUAUUUCAUAUUCUUGAGGUGGUUAUUUGGGAUUAAUAUUGUGCUCACGAUUAUGACAGGUGCUUUUAUUGUCAUCCCAGAGCUGAUUGCAGGCCAGCCCUUUGGAAGCACAGCCAGCAAGACCAUCCCCAAGGAGCAUGUUGCAUCUGCCCGAGACCUGGACACUGUCUGGUCCCUGGGGGGCUACCUCCAGUACUCAGUCCUCUUCUAUGGCUAUUACGGCAGGGAAAGGAGGAUUGGGAGAGCUGGCUACCGGCUGCCCUUGGCAUAUUUCCUGGUGGGGAUGGCAGUGUUUGCUUACAGCUUCAUCAUUCUUUUAAAAAAGAUGGCUAAGAACUCCCGCAUGAGCCUUGCCAGUGCUUCCAAUGAAAACUACACCUUCUGCUGGCGGGUGUUUUGUGCCUGGGAUUACCUCAUUGGAAACCCAGAGGCUGCGGAGAGCAAAACGGCUGCCAUCGUGAACAGCAUCAGGGAGGCUAUCCUGGAAGAACAGGAAAAGAAGAAAAGCAAAAACAUGGUGGUGACGAUCUGCCUGAGGAUCAUUGCCAACAUCCUGGUCCUUCUCUCACUGGCUGGGAGCAUUUAUCUCAUCUACUUUGUGGUGGACCGGUCCCAAAAGCUGGAGCAGUCCAAGAAGGAGCUGACUCUCUGGGAAAAGAACGAGGUGAGCGUGGUGGUCUCCCUUGUUACCAUGUUGGCACCAUCGGCCUUUGACCUCAUUGCCGCCCUGGAGAUGUACCACCCACGGACCACUCUGCGCUUCCAGCUGGCAAGGGUCCUUGUGCUGUAUCUGGGAAAUCUGUACAGUUUGAUCAUUGCUCUCCUGGACAAAGUUAACAGCAUGAGCAUUGAGGAAGGUACUACCAAAAAUAACACAAAUCAUUGGACAGAGUUUACCACCUUCUUUGCCACCAGGACAGCCCCUGAAGAGAAAUGGUCCAUGCCUCAGCCUGGAACAGGGCUCAGGAACAACAGCACGUGGGCCUUGGAAGAGGCGGGUGUUCCAACCAUGCCUCUCACAAGAGCCAACAAGACCACCAUCUACACCCAGAGCCCGCAAGACCAAUGCUGGGAAACAUACGUUGGCCAGGAGAUGCUGAAGCUCUCCAUCAUUGAUAUGCUCUUCACCGUGGCGAGCAUUCUGCUCAUAGACUUCUUCCGAGGACUUUUCGUUCGGUACUUAAGUGACUACUGGUGUUGGGACCUGGAAAGCAAGUUUCCUGAAUAUGGGGAAUUCAAAAUAGCUGAGAAUGUGCUUCAUUUAGUCUACAACCAAGGAAUGAUUUGGAUGGGGGCCUUCUUCUCCCCAUGUCUCCCAGCAUUCAACGUUCUCAAACUCAUUGGGCUCAUGUACCUGAGGAGCUGGGCUGUGCUGACCUGCAACGUGCCGCACCAACAAGUAUUUCGAGCCUCCAGAUCCAACAACUUCUAUCUGGCAAUGCUACUGUUUAUGCUAUUCCUGUGCAUGCUGCCAACUGUUUUUGCUAUUGUCCGAUACAAACCAUCUCUAAACUGUGGGCCAUUCAGUGGACAAGAGAAAAUUUAUGACAUUGUAUCAGAAACGAUUGAGAAUGACUUUCCCACGUGGUUCCGCUCCGUGGUUGGGUACAUCAGUAGCCCUGUGGUCAUCCUGCCCGCGGUGCUGCUGCUUUUCAUGCUCAUCUAUUACCUUCAGAGCAUUGCACGAUCGUUAAAACUCAGCAACCACCAGCUCAAGAUGCAGAUCCAAAACGCCAGAUCUGAAGAUAAGAAAAAGGUCGCCCAAAUGAUGGAAGCUCGAAUCCAGACCCAGCAGGAGAGCACCAAGAGGCUUCCAAAAGACAGUGACCUCAUCAGCCAGCUGUCCUCAGUGCACUCGGUGACACCCCAAAACAAUGGCAAUGUGGUCAAUUUCGACUCACUGAGCAGUAAGAGUGGCAGGAUUGAGACAGUCACCCAAUCUGUACCCCAGAGUCCCAGGCCCGAGCACAGGGAUCUCAGCUCACCUCUUCGUGGCAUCUCCAAAUCCAGGCCAGAGCAUGAUACUAACAGGUAUCUACGUGGUCCAUGUGCAAGCACAGGUAACCUUCACAAGACCAGAUCCUGCACACCUGGGACUUUCACAAAGCACAUCGAAGAAGUUAACUCAGAACCUCUUUACCGAAAAGACUUUCAGCAAAUCAGCCCUCCUCUUCAUGGACGAGGGGUCCCAGCCUUAGUGGCACGUGGUCAUAGACCCCACACCCCCAGAUAUUAUGUUGUUAAUGAACGUGACUCUUACAAAAAAACCCAGCCAACUUUCUGGCCAGAAAGACAUUUCCAGAUAGAUACCCUAGGUGACAUUGUGGAGAUGUACCCCAGAAACAUGUGGCAAUAUGUGUCCCGGCUCCCCCAACAGCCUCGCUCUCCACAGCUGAGUGAGGAAGAGGAGGAGGAGGUAAUGAGGAAAGACUUCAUCAAACGCUCUUUCCCCCCUCACUCCCUGACAGACCUGCAUCAGGCUCCUCACUUUUACAUUGGUGAAAGGUCAGAAAGUCAGACCCUAGCUCCAGAGCACCGGCGAAGGAUGCACUACAAGUCCUGGAAUGAUGGUUUUGAGGGUCAACUUGACAGGCCCACGUAUGUGCACAAAAAGUCACGGUCCCGGAAUUUCCAAUACCCACAGCACCCUCCGAAGCCCAGAACCAAGCCCAAGUUUGAACCGUCCCUCACAGAAUCUGAUUCCAUGUCUGCAGCAUCCAGUAGCGACCAGCAGAACAGCAUCAUUGACCAGCACCUGCAAGUCAUCCGCAGCCGGGGCAAGUCCCCAAGGUCUGUGGGCCACCUCAGCAGGACAAAUGCCAAGUCUGGACAGGAGCUGACCAUGGAUCUGAGUGGCCUGAUUUUCUCAGAUGUCUAAGCUUCCUCUGGUGUCCCAUUCAUAGAGAUCAGGCCCCUGUUGGAGUGCUGAGCCUUUCUCCUUCUGGAAAGAGAGAUGAAUACAUGUUGUGGGUGUUAGAGGCUGUGGGGCAUAUCCAGGCACGUCCAUUGGCUGCUGGCUGGGGCCCUGAGAGUCAGAGCUACAACUUCCUGUUCUACAGCAACCACACACAAGUGGGUCAGUCCCAUGGGUCUCCUGGUAUGCAGCACACAGCACAUCGGACCAUCGUUUCAAGAAAACCUCAGUCUUUUGUCUCCAUUCGAGGUGACCACAAAUCAGACAAGCCGGACAUCUCAUUCCAGCUGGAGAAGCCUCACCUGAGCUGACUGUGCUUGUCCUUAAUGAUAUGAGUCUGUAUUUUAAAGCUUUCUUUCAACAUGCAAAUAUCAGUCCUCCCUAAUAAGCACCCAGAGGUUGGGUGGCUGCCUUUAAAGAUUUCACAAUGCUUAGUUUGUAGGAAUAAUCAGUUUAGUAAUGAUAAGAGUAACUAAAAUUUAUUGAGAGAAGAUUUUACUUUGUAUAUCAGGCUGCAUAUCUGUAUUAAUUAGGACACAUAGAUUGGAAAUAAUCCUAGGUUUAUCCCUAAGGUUUAUUGGUUCGUUUAACUGGGAUGGAUGGGAAUCAAGCUGGCCUCAGGCUCAUUUGGAGCCAUCGAACAUCAUCAGAAAUAUCUUUUCACCUCUCUGCUCUAUUUCUGUUGAAUUUUCUCCUACUGCCAACAGGCUUCCUCCAUGUGGAGGAGUAAUUCACAGUCACAGAAAAUGCUAGGUUUAAACCAUCCAGCCAUCCAGCCAAUAUGCCCAGAGGAAAGGAACAGGCCUCGAGACACUCCUAAAGAAAGGUCGAGCAUUGCCAAUACCGACCCAGGUUGAAAAUACAUUAACUUUCAACGCACAGCACAGCUCACAUGCAUUCUGGCAUUUACUAUUGGGUUAAGUAUUUAAUUUAGAGAAAUUUAAAAUAGUCAAAGACUAGUGUGACAAGCACCUCCUUAUGGAGGUGCACCCUCGGAGGAUCAACAACUUGAAAUUUUAUUCCCAUCUGUCCAUUUUGCUAUUAUUAAUAAUAAAGAAAACAUUACAGAUAUAAUCAAAGUCCACUCUCCUCCCUACACUAAGUCUCAUUAUCCUCACACUACCAAUAGUUUGGUGUACAUCCCUUUGGCUGAUUAUAGUUAUAUAUGUUGUCUGUGUAUGUGAGUAUAUAUAUAUAUAAGCAUCCAUAAACAAUAUGUAAGUAUAUGUUACUUUAGUAAAUGCUAUUAUACUGCAUGUAUCACUGCAAAUAUUUAUGUUUUUGAAGUGUAUCAAAGAAAUAUAUAGAUCAAAUCACUUAUUAUAACUGCUGCGUAGUAUUUUAUCAUAUGAAUAAAAUACAUAAUAUUUA